UCGGCGGAGUUUGAAUCGCAGCCUGGAAGACUAGGCCGGAAAGUGGGGCUCGAGUCCGGAAGUGAGCGGGGCGGCCGCUUCCUGUUUCCUGUCGGGCGCCACACUCCUCCGCCUCGCGUUUAGGGUGGUGGCCGUUCCCUCAGCAGGGCUCUCGGCGGUUAUUUCCCCCCCUCAGCUGAGGCCCACACGCUUUUCGACGAAGCCUGACAGAGAGCCGCCCCGAUGCAGGCCAUCAAGUGUGUGGUGGUGGGAGACGGUGCUGUAGGUAAAACAUGCCUACUCAUCAGUUAUACAACCAAUGCAUUUCCUGGAGAAUAUAUCCCCACAGUCUUCGACAACUAUUCAGCAAAUGUGAUGGUUGAUGGAAAGCCGGUCAAUCUGGGCUUGUGGGACACAGCUGGGCAAGAAGACUAUGACAGACUACGCCCAUUAUCCUAUCCACAAACAGAUGUCUUCUUAAUUUGCUUUUCCCUUGUGAGCCCUGCAUCCUUUGAAAAUGUCCGUGCAAAGUGGUAUCCAGAGGUGCGGCACCAUUGCCCCAACACCCCUAUCAUACUGGUGGGGACCAAACUUGAUCUCAGAGAUGACAAGGACACGAUUGAAAAACUCAAGGAGAAGAAGCUGACUCCCAUCACCUACCCACAAGGCCUUGCUAUGGCAAAAGAGAUUGGUGCUGUAAAAUACCUAGAAUGCUCGGCCCUGACGCAGCGGGGCCUCAAGACAGUCUUUGACGAAGCCAUCCGGGCCGUGCUCUGCCCUCCUCCCGUAAAGAAGCGGAAGAGAAAAUGCCUGCUGCUGUAAUGAUGCCCCGACCCCUUCUCCGAACCUUCUGUGCUUUGCUUGGAACAAUGGAGCAUUCACAUCAAUGCCAAGUUCUUCUGUUUUUAAAAAAAUUAAUUCUCUUCCAUCAAUUUUUUUCAACUUGUCAUCAAUUUCCUAUGCCCCUUUGUUUAAGAGGUUAGAUUCUUCUUUCUUCUACUAAAGAGAUCCUAAAAAAAAGACAAACCUAUAUAAAAGCCUUAUUUUCUUUCCAUGUCCUUUUUGCUCAGAUUAAUCAAGUGUUGCCAAAUUACCUGCUCAUUACUAUGUUGCAUUGUUGUGCUUUGUUCUAUGGAGCACAAAACCUGUUUUUUAAAAGUCAAACAGGUGUCUUUAAAGAUACUAAUGUUUAUUAGGAAUUGCAGAACUUUAUAGUUUUUUUCCAGAUAUCGUAUCAGUAGGAAAACGCUGCUGUUUCAGUGCAUUCACAUUCAACUGAUGAUCGUAAUCUCCCUUUCUCAUGCCUGAACAAAUGCAAUAAUUGACAACAUCCAGGUUCCACUAUUUUUGAGGGGAGGAAAAAAAAACCCCUUUCUUGCUUCUAUGGACUAUAACUAAACUGUUUUUCCUUGAAGUGUAUUGUCUUCCUUGACAGCAGCGUAUUGUUUGGAUGGAUGAAAAGUUAUCUUGUUCAAGGGAGAUUUCCCAACAGUAUUUUGACACUGUAAAGAUCAAUUUACACUACAUUGUCAACGCCUAGUUCAAUCAAAUGCAUUUCUCUCGUGUGUAUUAAAACCAGUAAAACAAAACCCUCGGUUGCAGCAAAACAAUAGAUGAAGAGAGGGCUGGUGUUUUUAUAGAUCACUUGUUUGCAUUUCCCAGUAGGGCAUUCAUUUACUACCAUUUUGAACUGGUCAUUCCCUCCCACCCUCUUGCUAUUAUAUAGAUGCUUUUAUUCUGGAAAUCUCUUCCUUCUGAGCAAUAUAACGUGUAUUUUAGAACCUGAGUAUAUUUGCUUUUUUUUUGUAGACUAGAGUAUUCCAGCAUAGCCUUGUUUCUGUCUUGUUUCCCUCCUUCUACUUUGAUAUUCCUGCUUUGGAGAGGCUUUUCUUUUCAGUUGUCUGGUGACUUGGUGUAAAAAUCAUGUGCAGCAGAUAUAUCACUCCUAGUAACUUUUUUUAUAUGUAUAUUUCACACCACCUUAAUGACCUUUCUCUAAUGUCACCAUUUGCCAGGUGUUCUGACGCUGUAACUUUACUAAUGUUGACAAUUGCCCUCUUAACCUCGCCAUGAACAUGUAUUUCCUGUUGGUUGAUCUAGUUGCGGUAAUUGGGUCUGUAACGUAGUGCUAACUAAUCAUGUUCCCGACAUCCCAGAGGCUGGCAAGAACACACUGAAUGACGACAACCUGUCGACUACUACUAGAACAAACAAACAUUAAAAAAAUGCGAGUUUGCAAGAUUAUGAAGUUUUUACAUUGAUCUUUUUGGUAAUGCAAUUUAGCAGUAUGUUUUGCAUGUAUGACUUAAUAAAUUCUUGAAUCACA